AUGCUAAGAGGAAGUUGCAGGAGUUUAAGGACGGCGAAGCACAGGGAAGCUACUGGAAAGGCUGAGGCUAAAGUUGGCGAAUGGAGAAGGAACUGCGGCACAACAGAGACGGUAGGAGAAGACACAUCUCGCAAACGAAGUCAACCGAAUAUCGAAAUGGAUGAUCUAGAAGAAAUAGACACGCGAGUUAAACAUAUAAGGAUGUCACCAUCAGAAUUUGCUAGGCAUUCGAAUUAUUCCAAACAGCUGAAGGCUGAGACCCCGCCGAUAAUAAAUUGUCACCCAACAAAAAACUUUGACGUGCCAGUUCUUUUGUAUCAUGAAAUAUUUGGAAGGUUUUUAUCCUAUUUCGAGAAUGAUACUCUAACUGAUAACGAUAAGGUUAAGACAUAUAACAUGCAAAGUGUGAUGAGCGAUUUCUACGAGUCUGAGGCUGAAAUGGCUAAAAAGUUUCGAAUAUGGGCACGAAGUUUCUUUGACUGUGAUACAACAGCCUAUGAUUUUAUUGAUAGAUCACAAAUUGAUGGCGUUUGGAGGGAAGAAAUUCAUGGGAACACAAUUCUACUAGCAAUUUUCAAAUUCAAACGAGAUUUGACUUGCUGCCCCUGUUUUCUCGUUUAUAAUAUCGGACAUUUCUUUGGCAUUGCUGAUGCAGUCGUAGGGAAGCAAAUCACUAUUACACCUUUUAUUCAGGGGACAUUACUCUUUCAACGUGAAAGUCAUCAUGAGCAGUAUGGCAAUUCUGGGCCAUCGCUGAUUCGUCAAACAUCUUUUCUGUAUAUAAACUCUUACAUGAUUAAUGAAAAUAGAAUCGAGUUUUGCUACUCAAAACGCAUAAUCGAUAGUAACGGUAAACUUGUCUUUCAGGUAGAAGAAUUACAAAUAGGCAUUAAACGUAUUUUGAAAUUUGUUACCUCAUAUGGUGUAGAAGUGCACAAAUAUUGUUAUGCAAAAAGCAUCACUCCUGAACUUAUAUCUGUGAAUACAGUUAAGAAUACAGACUAUAUAGCUAUAAUCAUGGAAGACCUUAGUGACAUGCAAUUUGAACCGCUUUAUGAAAUAUAG